GAAUUUUUAGAAAUUUUGUAAUAUUUCAAAUUAACUCUUUCUUUUGAAUUAAAUGACUAUAUCUAAUCACCAAGCGUUAGUAACUUAAAUAAGACUGAAAUGAUUGGUAGUCCUUCGAACGGACAUGCGCCGUCGACACGAAACAACUGCCACAAGUUUACGAGACAGUGACACUUUGCUGACGAACUGUCAGCACAGUUCAGGAACAGUAAAUAUCUAAAAUACGUUCCCAAUCGGAUCUUAGAAAAAUAGAAACUAGACAAACAGGCUGACCAUCCUUCGUUUGCUUUUACUUUUUGUUCAACUGUCUGACGAGUGCCGAAUAGCUCAAAUAACCCAACCAAUGACCAAUGGCCAAGAUACGAAAUGUGUUCAAAAAGCACCUUAUCCCGAACCUGGAGAGUAAGUGCCGGCUGUGUCUCUCGGACAAGACGAGUGUUCAAUCUAUCUUCCAAGGCAAUAGUAAAGAAACGACCGAUACGCUUGUGGAUAAAAUCUUCGAGUGCACCGCAAUCAUGCUUUCCAAGGAAUUCGACUUCCCUUCGCCGAUCUGUGAGGACUGUGCGCUAAAGUUGGAUGAAUUUUUGUUGUUUAGAGCUAAAUGCCUGAGAAGCAACGAAAUUUAUCGCUUCAAUAGGUUACAUAAAUCUAGGCUCGUAAGUGGAGGAGGCACACGAUUACAGACGAACGGCCAGAGCGCGGACGAUACCAAGGAACUGGGGCCGACGGAAUGCAUAGACAGCAGCCGUAAGGAAGAGCCAGCGGAAAGAGAUGCAUUUGUAACGAGUAGCAGUAGCGAAGGUGCCUGUGUUACCGUAAUCAACUAUGAACUGCCAGCCGAAAGUUGUGUUCCUGACGACACCGUCGAUAUCCACCAAGCGACAAUUUGUAAUGGAAAAUCGCAUGAAACAAAUGAAAACGUUGAAAGUAAAUCUACGGAUCUUUCAAUGUUGGAUGAAACAGAAGUUACGGCGAUUAGUGAACCACUGUUGACUAAGGAAUCUAGCAAAAUCGAAGAAAUAACUAUUGACGGGAUUUCUUUCCCUUUGGGAUCCGUCAAGGAACUGGAACGCUUGGAACGCCGCAUUCAAUCACAUCCGGAAACUAGAGAAAAAUUUAUAACAUUCCUACGAACGCUGAAAACGCAUGAUACCUCAUUGAGCGAUACAUAUCAGCGUCUGUUCACGGAUGCGCUCAUGAUACAUUAUAAUUACGAUGGCAUUUCACCUAAAUAUAAUAAACGACCGCUCAAGAAUCUUUCCAUCUUCACUGAAUGCAUGCCAGCGGCAUGGAAUGACCAUAUGGAUGCAAAUAUGGUACGCGAAGCAAUUAUUGAGGCUGUGAAAAAAUCUCAUAAUCGAUACAAUCAAUGUAGUCAUCGUAAGCGCGCCAGGCAAGUAUAUCUUUGAAGGCUUCCAUGUCGAAUCCACUAACCAUACCGACGCUUUCAGUUACGAGUGGUUAUAGCUGAUUAUUCCGCAUUGAAUCAUCAGCAAAAUAGUACACGAAUUGCUAGAAGCAAUCAAUAGCAAUAUUCUAAUUUAUAGUUUUACCCGCGAUAGUAAUACGUCACAUCACAUUCCACCAGAAACUGAUGGUACUUUUAAAAAAAUCUCGCUUCGAAACAACUAAGAUAAUAUAACAAUGUGAAAGGACAAAUUGUAAUUGAAAUGAUAGCAAACCUACUUUAAUGAACACGCGAGGAACCAACUACAGUUACACACAUUCCAACGAUAAAACAACGUAACACGUUUUAGAGAAAAUUAACGCGAAGUCUAUGGAGAAGUUUUAGAAACAAAAAUAGUAACACGUUAAAACACACUUUGUUGACAAAUUUUAAGAUGUUAUGAAUGAUUUAUUUCAUAAACUUGGCGUAUAAGCAACAGAUAGUAUCUAUCAAAUUCGACUAUUUCAACUCGAAUAUUUUUUCUUAGAAUAGCAAUUAGACGCUUCAAUCGAAGGCAAGUGGUAGAAAUGGAAUGGUAGUUGAGCUGUUGCACAGUAUUAGGAAUUGUGAAGCUUGUUCAACGAGACAUUGCAAUAAAGUGAAGUUUCUGAAAA